GUUGGAGACCUGCGGUUGUUCACAAUGGUGUGAUACGCGCGCGGUCCGUUGGCGUUCAGUGUCUCUGCGUGUGUGUGUUUUCCCGCGACGCCCGUUAUCGCUGUAUACACUCUCUCUCUAUUUUUAUUAUCAUAUAUACAUAAUCACAAUAACGAUAUAUAUACAUAUAUAUAUAGGUAUAAAAAUAAUACCAUCUCUGCGACCGUGGAACGAGAACCCGCCGCCGCUGUCGCCCCCGCACCCUAUAAGAACGAGCAGCUGCCCACGACGUCGACAACGACCCUAUCGCAGUAAAAACGCAAUAAUAAUAAUAAUACUACUAUCGCCGCGUACGGCUUAGUGUGCCGAGCGCGUUUGUACCGUUCUGUUAUCACAACGCGGCCGCCACUGUUAUCACAACAACACAUUAUUUUAUAAAUUAUAAUAAUAUACUAUAAUAACGUAAAUUAAUAUUGACAUUAUCAUCGCGACAAUAACAUUAUUAGUGCGCCUGCGCGUGAGCCGUUUGAGUUAAUCAGUGCGUUAUUAAAUAAAACCGACAAAACAAAAAACAAAUUUUCUGAGACCGACAUCGAACCGGGACGAUAGUUUAUUUUUUUUACAACACAUAGUAUAAUAUCAAUGUUAAUAAAUAUUGUAUUAGAUAUCUUAAGUAAAAUAUAAAAAUAACGAAAGAACUUCGCCGUUAUACACGUCGUCCGUUUGGGUUCUGUUAGAAAUCUGCGUGCAUUUAUUAGCUUGAACACUAAAUCGCGGUCCGGUUGAACUCGCAGCGACCAUGUUAUUCUCAACGUUCGCCAUGCUCGUGUCCAUUGCCGAGUUCUCCAACAUACUGUCGGUGCUGGCCGUCAUCAUAUGUUUCUGCGCAAUGUUUCUGUUGAUUAUGAGGAACAUGACAGUAUUUUGGCUACACGGCGAAGAGCUGAUGUUUGGCGGAAACGGAGUGCAUCAAGUCCAGCCUAGGAUUCCACAAAUGAAAAUGAUGAAAGUGCACAUACCUUUCACAUUCAAGUUGCACGAGACAUCUAAUUCAUCGUACUCUGAUCUUAGGUGCACGGUGUCCAGUCAAGUCCCUUACACGUUGCAGGCGUUUUGGGGUGUUUCCAUCAAAGAACUUCACCACUUCUUGUGGAAAACAUGGAGUUCGUUUCAGACCGCCGUUAAGGAAGACACUUUACUGCGCGGACACUAUCAACACUGCGGAUUAACUUUACACGAAACAAGCCAUACAGAAAAGACGGUCCAGAUGUUCAUGCCUGAGGGAAAAUUGGAUUUGGGCACGCCACCUCGGCACUGUUACCCCCUGGUCAUAUUCCUGAUACGAGACACCCCGGAAAACUCUACUCUUCAUCCAGACGAGACGGUGGCAUUGGUGAACGUCGUGCAUAUAAGAGACAAUGUGUGUACGUUACCUACCAACAUACUGGCGCAGUACCUAAAACAAGCAAACGGACAGCUGUCAUCACUUAAGCAAUUGUAUUUGGCCACAGGUAACGCUUUGAGCUACCAAGACGACGCGGCGGCGUGCGAGGACGAGUCGCAAAGGGCUCUCGUGUUAGACAACAGCAGCUUGAGUGCCGGUCAGGAACAGCUGUGCGUGGUCUGCCAGUUCUAUCCGUUGUCCAGGGCCUUGUUGCCUUGCAGGCACACUUGUAUUUGCGCUUCUUGCUUUGGAAAGCUGGAGACGUGCCCGAUGUGCCGCAGCCCGAUCAAGAGCUACUUCUGCGUGCGCAACGAGGACUACCUGGCCGACUGUGCACUGGGCUUGGACAAACCGGGAGCGUCGGCCAAGCGACAGGCGUUCUCCCAGUGGAUCCAAGACAGUAUUAUGGAUUUCUUAGGUCUACAUUAGGUACCUCUCGUGUAUCCUCUACUCGUUCCCUCCGCCGACCGCCAACAUCGCUACAACCCAUACAGCUCUAUACCGCUCGUCUUUGGACAUAAAAAUCAAACUGUGAAUUUCAUUGGGCGUGUACGAUUGUAUUAACUGUGUUAAUAAAAAUCACACGGCCUCGUUUGUAGCGAAUUAGUCCAUAGAAAAUUAGUCCACAAUAUGUAAUAAGUGAUAUUAUAAAAAUAAAAUUCAUCAAAUUCGAACGUAGUGUUUUUAUAAUAAUAUUAUAUAUUACGCUGAACCGUUAACGAUAAGAAAAGUAGUACGUGCACACUGUAUGCGUACCCGGUCGAUAAUGUGCCUACAAUAUUGACGCUAUUAGUACGACGAGGUGGUUGGCGAUGUGAAAAUAAUAAUAUUAAUUUCAUACUUUUAACAAUGAUUACAUACUAAGUCCAAGACCGUCAUAGCCACUAGUCGAAUUUCAAAACCCAAGUAAAAUUUAUAUAAUCCUCCAACGACUAAGCCACAGGUUUUAUAGUUAUUAAUUUCUAUGCAUACUCGAGCGACACAAAACCUACGUACAAUAUUAUUCAUAAUUUUAAUAGUUUAUUGAUUACAAGAAGUUACAUUAACCGUCUCUUUGGCAUAUGUAUUACAAUAUUUCUCUUUUUUUUUUUUUAGUAGAAUAAUAUAGAUGUUUUUUAACGCAGUCAAGUUCCUUAUUUGCAUGUACUAUUAUACAUAAAAUGAUAUGUAUAUUAUAUACACACAAUGUUAUAUACUAUUAUAAACAUAUUUUUUGUAUUUAACUAUACAUAGACAAUUUCAUAUAUUUUACGCAUAAUAUGCAUUUAUAAAAUAAUCUCAAAAAAAGAAAACGUAGAACUCUUCCUACAGUUUGUUAUUAAUUCUAAUUAUUCAUGUUUUUCCUCGUUAGAGUUUUAAAAUUGCUAUUAUUAUUAUUUGAUUUUAUUUCCUCUCGUGAUAUUGCUAAAUUUUAACUAUACUAUCUAGAAUACAAUUGUGUGUAAGGUAUAAUAAAUAUUAUAUACAUUAUAUAUUAACAUUAUUGAAGUAUUACGUGUGUAAACGUUGUUUAAUUUUUAGAUGUGUGUACAUUUUAAAUACAAUUUAUGAUAUUUAUUUUUUGUAUAAGAAAUCUCUGAUUUAAUGUGUAACUGUGUAUUAAAUGAUUUAAACACUAUUUUACUGUAGGUUUGUGGUUUAGAAAUUUCUUAGUUUUAAAUUAAUUAUUAUUAUUACGAUUAAUGUAAACGUUUGUUUUUCGUGAUCAUUUUCGAAUUUCAAUAUUAUAUUGUCUCAUUAAAUAUGAUACGUUUCCAAAACCCAUUAGUUAGAUACCAUUGCAACUCGCAAGCGACUUGUCGAUUUUCUCUUGUGUUGUGUUUAUUAUUAUUAUUUAGGAAAUUUAUAUAUACAUACUAUAAUAUUAAAGUGUAUUAAAAUCAUAAUUGUUUUUAAAAAUUAACCAUUACCAACCAUUUAACUGCGAUAUGUCGUUUGACAGUGUUGACCAAAUUGUCGACACUAUAAUAUUAUAAGCAAUGCACACAAAAUGAUCAUACUCGAUCUAAACCCUAUACAUAUUAUAUAAUUGGCUGUAUUUAGUUAACUUGUACAAAACGGGAUAUCGUUUUGUGAUAUUUCAUUAUUAUUAUUAUUAUAAUUUGUAUUUACUCGUAAGGUAAAUAAUUCUAUUAUAUCAUAUUAUGUUAUGUUAGUUAUUAUAGCUAAUUAUUAUUGAGUAAUGUGUAGUGUUUACUUUGCUGGAGACAGUCAAUAUUCUACGAUAAACCGUUUUGGGUUGACAUACACUUGGUUGGGCUAAGAUGGCAAUUUACUAAAGUGUUAUGUUGUAAACAUCACUAACAUAAUUUUACCGAUUAAGAUUUAUAUAAUAUUAUUAUAUACAUAUAUAUUUGUGUUAUGCCUACUUGAAUGUGUGAUUGUGAAUAAACAUUUUUUUUGUAUUAA